GUAAUAAAACUUUUAAAAAACUCUAAAAUUCUAAUGUAGUUAAAACUGGGUGGAAAUACUGCCUUAGUGGCACUUUUUUUAGUCCUCCAAAACUAGGGUCCUGGAAAUGCGUUCCUGGGACUGCGGUUCUCCGGCUCGGUAGGUGGCGCUGUCACAAAAAAACUAGGAUCCUAGAAGUGCGGUCCUACAACUGCGGUCCUGAAAGUGCAGCCUUGGCUUUCUCCCGCUUUUUUGUCUUUUCUGUCAUUUUACAUAAACGUACAUAGCCAGUGGCCACCAAGCGGCGUCAGAGUACUUGUUAUAAAAGCAACUUUGUUUUUUUUUGUAUACAGACGUCCCAGUAAAAACGUAUUUUGGGACACAUUCUUAAACGGGAAGAGUAAUUGAUGUGAAGGCAAGAGCAACUAUUACAUUAAUAACAUAUUUAUUAAAGAGAAAUAUAGAUUUACUUAUACCCGAUUGGAUCACAACAUUAGAAUCUAUAUUAAUUGUAAAUACAUUUAAGUGUCUUUAAUGUAUAUAUUUCGAUUGUUAUUGGCAUUUGCUUACUAGUAGGAUAAUUUAACUAAUCUGAACUAGUUUUUCCUAACUCUCAGCGUCAAGUUUACGUGUUGCCAUGGCAACACAAAAUCAGUCCCAACACAAACUCGGAGUGAGUUUACCUGCAACAGCAUGAAAACAACAGAACAGAAAACUACAUGACAUUCAAGGAAAGGAAAGCAUGGGCAAACUAUACAAAGGCCUGAAUGAAUUUCAGGGAUGUGCUUCAUCUAUUCCAACCAAGUACAAGACAAUCAUCAUUAGCAAUGAAGAGAAGAAAGGCUUUUCCUUCCAAUCAAAGAGGUUUCAAGAUUACCUGAAUGAGAAUCCAGGGCCUGGUUCAUAUAUCUCACAUGCACCUGCUGAGGGAUGCAGUCCUUCAUUCUCCAAGAGAGGAACAGGCAACUUUGCUUCAAAAGCUGGUCGUGUGCCCCGUAGCUUCCAGAGAUUAAGCCCAGGACCUGAUGCUUAUAACCUCCAGACAUCUCUACUUCACAAGCACGAUUUUAACAGAGGAGAAUCCAGAAUGUUUCGUCUGCCUGUUGCAGUAAAGAGGGAAAAACCAAAAAAUGAAAAUCCUGCACCAAAUCAAUAUGAUGUGUCUUAUAGUGCCGUGGACAAAAAUUCAACCGUUUCUGCUCAAAGUGCAUUUUGCUCUAAAACCAGAAGGAAUGCCAGUGUCUCAGACAACUUUAAAGGACCCUCUCCCUGCCACUAUAAUGUGAGUGACGUUUUGCUCCAGAAGACGCCUCAAGUUCCUUACUCCUGUUUUAAAUCCACCACUUCCCGGAUCCAGCCACCAGUGAGAAACAACAUCCCUGGUCCCGGGACCUAUAACCCCUAUCAACCACCAGAACCCGUGAAGAGAACCGUUCUGCCAAGGAGACACUACUUGGGAUUAUCAGCGCCACCUCUGAUACCCACCAAAGACCCACCCUUCCCAGGCCCGGGACAUUAUGACAUAGUGAACUACAAUCGUCCGUUCAAACACCUCGUGUCUAGCGCUACUUUCCUGUCCGGGACAAGCAGGUGGAUACAGGAUGUCAAAGGACAGGCUAUACCUGGUCCAGGUUUCUAUGAACCCAUGGUCCUUUCAAAGAUGUCGUUCUUGUAUAAUCCUGCAAAAAUGUGGAUACCGGCUUAAACAAACUUAUUUUAAACAAGUUUUAGUAAACAGUUUAAUACAGAUUUUAAGUAUAUGAGUGCUCAUGUUUCAUAAAAUGUCAGUCUUAAUAUGAUUAUUAUUUAAAAUUAUUAUUAUUUUAAAUUUUUAUAAUAUAUUACAAGUCAUUUGUGUGCUUACAAAUUGCUGUAAUGAAGGGAUAUACACUGGCAAAGAUAUUUAAAUAAGUCUUUAAUAAGUCUCUUAUGUUCACCAAGGCUGUGUUUAUUUGAUCAAAAUUACAGUAAAAACAGAAAUACUGUGUAAUAUUAUUACAAUUUACAAUCUCUUUUCUCUAUGAAUAUAUUUUAAAAUGUAAUUUAUUUCUGAUACAGCAUCAUCAUUUUCAUCAUCAUUACUUCAGUCUUCACUGUCACACAAUCCUUCAGAAAUCAUUCUAAUAUGAUUCUAAUAUAAUCAUUCUAUUUUGUUGUUAUUAUCUAUAUUAUUACAUUAUCUACAGUAUAUUAUUAUGUUGAUUUUAAAAUUAUAUUCUUAUGGAAACCAUAAUACACUACCAUUCAAAUGCCUGGGGUAAGCAUGAUUUAAAAUAAGAAAAAUAAAUCAUUACUUUUAAACAGCAAGGAUGCAUUCAAUUGAUAAAAAAAAAAGUGACCAAAGACAUUUAUAAUAUUACAACAAAAAAUCUAUUUUAAUAAAUGCACUGAUAAAGUUCGAUUAACUUUGUAUUCAACAAUGAAGCCUAAAAAAAAUGUGUCAUGGUUUCCACAAAAAUAUUAAGCAGGGAAAACAUUGCAGCGGAAACUUUUUAAACAUCGUUAAUAAUAUAAUAAUAGGACUAUUAUUAAUAACUGAGAAGCAAAUCAGCAUAUUAGAAUGAUUUCUGAAGGAUCAUGUGACACUGACAGCUGAAGUAAUGGCUGAUGAAAUUCAGCUUUGCAUCACAGGAAUAUAUAGCAUUUUAAAAUACAUUAUAAUAGAAAAAUAGUUCACAUUGUAAUAAUAUUUCACAAUAUUACUAUAUUUUUUAUCAAAUAAAUGCAGACUUGGUCACUAAGCGAAUCAAAGCAUUCUCAGAAACAUGGAGCUGCUUUCUCUGUCUGAGUCACAUCUGAACAGCUGAAAGUCAAAGCAGACACAGCUGAGCUCCAAACCCUUGAUGUGUCAGCAGCUGAUCCUGGACCUGCCGGACAGUGAACAUGAUGAUGUGAGUGAUACACUUCAGCUGAUCCUGGGUCAGUGGUUUAAUACCGAGGUGGGAGCGGCUGUUGCUGGACUAGAGGAGGGUGUGGAGGUCUGAGCUCAUCUGAACAAUGCCAAAAUCUAUGUGGGGAUUUCAGAGGGUCAUGACAUGAAAAUGUCCUCUGGAACGUCACUGAAUGACCUCAGGACAAGGUCAACAUUAUGUAUAAAAGUUAUUCAUCGGGGCUGUUUUGGGCUGAUUAAUGUGCUUUAUCAGCUUAAACAUAUAGAUUAUGAUGUAACAAUGUAAAAGAUUAUUCAUUUAUGAGAAGUUACAUGAUUGGCUACACAAUAUAAUAGACGAUUGCUCACCAAGGCUGCAUUUAUUUGUUCAAAAAUACAGUAAAAACAGUAAUAUUGUGAAAUAUUAUUAUAAUUUAAUAGAACUGCUUUCUAUAUUUCACUAUAAAAAAUACAAUUUAUUCGUGUGAUGGUAAAGCUGAAUUUCUAACAUCAUUACUCCAGUCUUCAAUGUCAUAUGAUCCUUCAGAAAUCAUUCUAAUAUGCUGAUUUGCUGCUCAAGAAGCUUUUAUCAUUAUUAUCAAUGUUAGAAACGGUUGUGCUGCUUAAUAUUUCUGUGAAAACCUUGAUGCAUUUUUUCAGAAUUCUUUGAUGAAUAGAAAGGAAUAGAAUGAAUCAAAAAAUUUUGUAACAUUAUAAAUGUCUUCUCCAUCACUUUUGAUCAGUUUAAUGCGUCCUUACUAAAUAAAUGUAUUAAUUGAAAAAAUA